AUGAUAAUAAAAAAGAGAAAGAAAAAAAAUUCGAGAAACACAUAUUUCAUAUAUAUACUGUUCAUCCUGUGCGUAAUUCAAAUAAAAAUAUUAUUAUCAAAAGAAGUUUCUUAUGGCAAUUUACAGAAUUUAAAAUUUCAAGCUAAUGAUAAAGUAAAAUCCCGGUGUAUGUUAAAAAAGUUACAUGUUCAUAAUAGUAAGUAUGCAUUUUUUUUUCAUAACGUCAAAAGAAAUAAAAAAAAGAACGUGUGUAAACUAUACUUUGUGAAUAAUAAUUAUAAUAAUAAUUAUAAUUAUAAUUAUAAUCAUAAUCAUAAUAAUGCAAUGCGCAUAAAAACGAAUCGAAGGAAACGUAAGACGAUUAAUAAAAAUAUUGAAGAAAAUAAUUGUAUAUAUAAUUUAUUUGGAAAAAAAAAUAUUAUAAAAGACGAUGUAACAGAAGUUAUUAAUAACUCGAAUAAAUCAGUUAACAACAUGGAUAAUAAUUAUAGUAGUAGUCAUAAUAAUAAUGAUAUUAUAAAAAAAAGUUCUGAAUUAAUUAAACACUUAAACUUUAAGUUUGACGAAGAAUGUAACGAUAUUAUAAUAAGAAUAGGGAAUUUUCUAGAAGUGUCACCACAUUUAUUAUUUAAAGAUGUUUGUGUGAAUUUAAAUAAAUUAUUUACAAAUUUAUAUACAAACGAUAAUGCAAAUAUUCCUUUUGGUAGUACAGAACAUACAUUAAAUGUAAAUGAGGAUGUUAUUAAACUUAAUAAAUUUAAAAUAUAUUGUGUACUAGGUUUAAAAGUAUUAAGAACAUUUUUAAUAAAAUAUCUAAGAAGUAUUAAAUUAUGUAUUCCUGUUGAAGUAAGAAAAAGAUAUAUAUAUGAUUUUUUAAAAGUAGAAUAUAUAUCUAAAGCUUAUCAAGAAAAAUAUAAUUUAAUCGAUUAUAAAAUAUUUUCAAAUAUAUCUGAAAAAUUAAAAGCAAAGUUAAUAUAUAUGUAUUUAUCCUUAAAUCCAAGAGAUGUACCAAAUGUUUUAAUAAAAAUUUUCAAGGCUGCAAAUUAUAAUGAUGAAAAAGAAUUAUUAUAUAAUUAUAUAAAAAGUUGUAAAUUUACUUCUAGAGGUGGAAAAAGAUUUGCUAGAAUAAUCAAUAAAGAAUAUAUCACAUUAUACGAUAAAGAAAAAUUAAUUAAGAAACAUUCUUGUGAACAUGAUAUAUUAUGGAUGAGAUUUUUUUCUUUACUUAAAGAACAUAAUAACGAAAUUAUAAAUAAAACAAAAAUAUUAAGACAAACAUAUCGUCUUGUAUUUAGUAAAAUUAAUUUUUUUGAUGAAAAAAUUGUUAACCUAUUUAAAAAAAGAGGAUUUGAAAUAUUUGAUGAAAAUAUAAGUAAAAAUUUAAAUAUAAAUAAAUAUAUAAAACUUUCAACAAAUCAUGAUAAUAUACAAAACGAUAACGAUUUCACUACAAAAGAUAAAUUAAUAAUUGGGCAUUAUAGAAAAUUGUCUAUAUUAAAUUAUAUUCAUAACUUGAAAAAUUUUAUUCUUGAUUAUAUUCAAAAGAAACAAAGCUUACAUCAUAAUUUUUAUUUAUUAAAAAAAAAUAUUAACCUUCCAAAGAAUAUAUACUAUGAUGAUACAAUAUCGAAAAAUACAAAUUUAUAUCAUUUUACAAACAUAAACAAAAAUGAACAUCAAGAGAGUGUAGUAAAUAAUACAGAACAAAAUUUAACAAAUCUUGAUAAUCAUAAUAAGGAUAAAGAAAAUGUAAAUAAAAUUAACGAUAAUAAAAAUAAUAAUAAUAAUAACUAUGAACAUGACAAUAAUAUUAAUCAUUCUAAUGUAAUUACUACACCUAAUAGCAUUCAACCAGAAAAAACACAACAUCAUAAAAUUGAACAGUCGAAUAAUAUUUCUGUUAAGAAAAAUGAGACAAAUAAAUUAUCACAAACAAAUAUAAACUUAUAUUGUGAUAAUAUUAUAAAUAAUACUAUAGACACUAUUUUAGAUAUCAUGAUGCAAAAUUCAGGAUUCAAAAAUGUCAAAACGGUGAUGGGUAUAUAUACUUCCUUGUUAAACAAUAAGGAUUUAAAAUUAAUUGACUUUAAAAAUAAAUUCUAA